AACCAAACAAAACCACAGCAAAGAAACACAAAGUUUCCUUAUACUAUAUAUCACACUACGCCAUGAGUGUUGCAGUCAAGGUUUGCGGCCAAGUACCCGGUGUGGAGAAGUGGAUUCAAAUCCCCGAUGUUAGUAGCCACUGCGUGCAAGAGGUCGCAAAGCUUGCGGUGGAACAGUUCAACGUUCAACAUGGACACAGUCUUAAAUACGAAAGCAUUCACGAAGGUUGGUUUUGUGAACUGGGUCAAAACAACCUAAAGUACCGUCUUCAUAUUAGGGCGAUAGACUUUCUUCAACGCUCUCUCUUGUACGAGGCACUUGUGUUCGAAGAGAAACCUAAGCUUGAAAGAAUCAGAAAGUUGAUAUCUUUCUUCUAUUUGGUGAAUUGUGGACACUAUGUUGGGCCGGUGGAUCCACCCAAAGUGGAGAAGUGGAUUAAAAUUCCUGAUCUUCGAGUCCCAUUUGUGCAAGAAGUAUCAAAGUUUGCAAUAGAUUGGUACAAUAAAAGUGGAGAAGGCUUGAAAUACGUUGAAAUCUACGACGGUUGGUAUGCAGAGAUGGGUCAAGACAACAUAAAGUUUCGCCUUCAUGUUAAGGCGAAAGACUGCUUGGGACGUUUGCGCAACUACGAGGCUAUUGUUCUUGUUAAGCAUUUUUUGUCGAAGAAAAUCAAGAUUUUCGAAUCUUUUAAGCUUUUGGAUCAAGUAAAGGUUGUGCCCGGAUGGAAUCAAAUACCUGAUGUUAAGGAGCUUGGCUUGCAAGUGGUUAUAAAGUUUAUUUUGGAACAUAUCAAAAUUAAAUUUGGAGAUAGUUUGAAAUUUGAGAUCAUUUAUGAAGGUUGGUAUUUUGAGUUGUGCCCAAACAGCCUAAAGUACCGUUUCCAUGUUAAGGUGAUAGACUUUUUGGGUCGUUCUCUCAAAUUUGAGGUUGUUAUUAUCGAAGAGAGACGUGACCAUCUAAGAAUAUGGAAGCUGGACUCUAUCGUUCUCAUAGUAGCUCCUGAACCUCAAGAGAAGAAGUGGAUAAAAAUUCCUAAUGUUCAGGUGCCGUUAGUGCAAGAGUUGGCAAAGUUUGCCGUGGAUGAACAUAAUAAUAAAAGUGGAGAAGGCCUAAAAUACGUUGAAGUCUACGACGGCUGGUUUAUGGACUUGGGUAAAGACAACAUAAAGUUUCGUCUUCAUCUUAAGGCGAAAGACUGGUUGGGACGUAUACGCAGCUAUGAGGCCGUUGUGCUUGUUGAGCACUUUUGGUCCAAGAGAAUCAAGAUUCUCGAAUCUUUCAAGUUUUGCGGUCAACCGGGUGUAGGCAAGUGGAUUCAAAUACCUAAUCUUAAGGAGCCUGGCUUUCAAGUGGUCAUAAAGUUUAUAGUGGAGCAGCUCAAAAUUAUAUUUGGAGAUUGUUUGAAAUUCGAUAGCAUUUAUGAAGGUUGGUAUUUUGAGUUGUGCCCAAUCAGCCUAAAGUUCCGUUUGCAUAUGAAGGCGGUAGACUUUCUGGGACGUUGUCUCAAUUAUGAAAUUAUUAUUGUCGAAGAGAAACGAAUUUUCAAGCUGGAAUCUAUCAUCGUCAUAUUGUCACCUGGACACUGCGUUGGGCCUGUGGAUCCACCCAAGGUCGAGAAGUGGAUUAAAAUCAUUAAUCUUCAGUUUUCAUUCGUGCAAGAGGUAUCAAAGUUUGCAUUGGAUGACUUCAAUGUUAAAUCUGGAGAUAGCCUCAAAUACGAUGGCGUUUACGAUGGUUGGUAUAUGGAGAUGGGUCAGGACAACAUAAAGUUCCGUAUUCAUUUAAAGGCAAAAGACUGUCUGAGUCGUGUGCACCACUAUGAGGCUUUUGUGUAUGUAAAGCAGUUUCUCAGUAAAAGAAUCAAGAUCGUCGAGUCUUUUAAGCUUAUCGAAAGGAAGUGUUGAAACUCCCCCUCGUGUUUUGUAACAUGCUAUGGUUACAAAAAAUCGUGUUUGGCUAUCUAUAAAGAAAUAGUCAUGCAAGAAUGAAAUAAAUCUUUUUCAAGCAUACA